UUGUCUACCUAUUUACUCUGCUCUAACGUGUAGAUGAUUUCCACUGCCGUUCGCGUUGGUUACUCUAUAUAUAUUAGAAGCAAAAAGAACAUUUUCGGUUAUCUUGGUUUUGUUUUUCCACAGUACCUUUCGCGGCAACGUUGAUGGAUAAAGAGAGAGAGCACGCGUCUCCACUUUCCGAUUUCAAAACCAGCACCAUGACUUCUACCACCGAAACGCCGAACUCAUCUCCGCCGUCAGAUUUUGGUGCCGAUUUCAGUUCAAUCUUCCACUCAAUUUUCCCGCCAAGAUCAUCUACAGACGACCACUACCACCACUACCACUUCGCCACCGAGCACCGCCUCAACCAAGCGCGACUCGUCUUGGAAUAUCAGCAGCUAUGCGAUCACUACGAUCUCUGUUUCUCUCGCCUACAGUCGCUCAACAGAGAACUCGAAACUCUCGUCAAGGAGAACGCCGAUCUCCGACUUGCUAAUGCCGGACUCCUCAAGCUUAUCACUAACAGCUUCCACCGUCUUACCGAAGAUAUCUCCUCCGGUUUCAGUCCAAAGAGCGUUAUGGAGAAACGUAAUGUCGUAGAAAGAGAUACUCUGCCUAAAAGCAUCUCCGUCCGGUCCAGUGGGUACCUUAAAAGCAAUCAAACCAAUCAAAGUAGCGGUCCGAGUCGACAGGGAGCUCAAAGAGCGCAUGUGCCAUCUGGUAAUAAUGAGAGAGAGGAGGAAGCGGCAAAAGCGAAGGCAGAAGGACUGGAGGUGUACAAUCAAGGAAUGUGGAAGACGGAGCUUUGUAACAAGUGGCAGGAAACCGGCACGUGUCCAUACGGUGAUUACUGCCAAUUCGCUCACGGCAUCAACGAGCUGCGUCCCGUAAUCAGACACCCAAAGUAUAAAACGGAAGUUUGUCGUAUGGUUUUAUCAGGAGCGACGUGUCCUUAUGGCCACCGUUGCCACUUCCGGCACUCCCUCACUGAGCAGGAACGAUCGUUGAUGCUCCCUCGCUAAUACAUAAAAGAACUCCAAUCACCAUUAAUAACAACAAAAAUAAUCUUGAGUUAUAUUUGUAUGUAGAUAUAUAAUGAUCAUAAUUAAGAAUAAGGAAGAAUUUGUGUAUUAAUAAUUAAUGGAUUUUUGGGUACGUAUAAUGUUAUAUUAAUUUGUUGUAUAAAUUUGGAUUUGGGCGGUCGAAUUGAAGUUGGUUAUAGUUUUGAUUAUUUUUGUGUUAUGAGUUGGAGGUGUAUGGACGUAGUUGGUGGUAAUGAUUGAAAGGAUGACUAGUACUGUAAUGGGAGGUUUCUUAAAGGAGUAAGUUAUGUGUCCAACCACCGUUUGUUGGCGGAGAUUGAAAUUUUGAAUGGAGAUAUCCACUUGAUGAGUGCAACAUUUGGUGUUUGCGCAUGCCUUUUUAAUUACGUUUGAUAGAGACGAAACGACUGCUGCUGCGGCUGGCGAAAGAUCGAUGCUGACUAUGAAUGAUCAAAUUACUUCAUAUACACUUGAUCUUUGUACCACAAAUUCCGUUGGUAUAUGAAAUUUGAUCAUUAAUUAUGUA